AUGCCUAGCGCCUCAUCUACAUCUGGGAUGAAAUCCCAGAACGAAAGCAUCGCGGAAGCCUUGCACCAGGUUGCGACUCAGGGCGACGCAUUUCUGGGCGGUGACGAGGAGGCGCACCAGAGACUCGUCACAGCCGCCCGGGAGCUCGUUACUGCGGCGGAGACUCCCGUGGAGUCGCUCUUAUGGAACGUUUGGGCACUUCCAACACGCACUGUCGCGGCACGUGUUGCCGUUGACCUGAAGAUCUUUGAAACGGCUGUGCUGGAAGGUGGCCGACCCAAGACCGACGAGGAGUUGGCUGCGCCUACAGGAGCGUCGCCGACCCUGGUGAAGCGUAUUGCCCGGGCCUGCGUCUCGAUGCGCAUGCUGGAUGAGAAGGGUCCUGGACUCUAUGUGGCGAAUAGUCUGACAACCCUUCUAUCGCAACCGGACUACGCUGCUGGUGUUGUAUUCAAGUUUGUUAUUCUCCUCAUACGAAGAAAAGUGCACAGCUAA